CUUCCGUUUCUUUCUAGCUGGGCACAAUUUUAUAGUAGUUGCAUAUUGCUUCUCUUCUCUAUUGUAUUAGAUCUGAUUCUUUCGUGCUUCAGUAAGCUAAAUCUACUUUCCCCGUUCACGGAUCUCGGUAUUGAGAAAGCUUUUCAUGUGUGUUUGACUGCGGAUGUAAUUGAUUAGGUUACUUGAAUUCGACUCCUCAUCGUCUUCUUCAGCAAAUACGAAUUUGUUCUCUCUGUUUCUAUCCACUCUUUUGAGUUUUGAGUUUAUAAUACAUGGAAAGGGGAACAAGACACUGGUAGAUCUUUUCAAGAGUCAACCGUAAUGGGCGCAAUUUGUUCGAAGGGUUCCGCUGUGAACUUUUCGGCAUCCCAUAUUAAGAUUAAUGUCGGUGGCUGCAAGGAUGAUGCGAGGGUAUCUUCACCUUCUAAGUUGAAGUCUAAUGGUAACUCGAAGACUUUACCAGUAGAUGGUGUUCUGGAGAAGCGGAGCCUUGAGCAAUCCCUCUCAUUUUCAGAGGGGAUGUCUCCUAAUUUUGGUCGCAUUAGGCAUGGAACUUCAUCACCCGGACAGCAUGGUUUAUCAAGAGUUCUUUCAGAAAAAUCUUGGUCAACAAAAUGGAAGGGGUCCAAUGGAGUUAAAUCGGGGACACAAAAGGUUGCAGAAGUAGGCUUGCUUCUGGGCAGGGCUGGCAGUGUAGGUUUUGGUAAGGCUGUAGAGGUUUUGGACACGAUCAGCAGUAGUGUGACAAGUUUGAACACCAACAGUGGUUUUUCGUCAGGGGUGGCAAUGAAAGGAAAUAAAAUUUCUAUUCUGGCUUUUGAGGUGGCUAACACAAUAGUUAAAGGAGCCAAUCUGUUGCAUGCACUUUCAGAAGAAAAUACGAGGAAUUUGAAGGGCGUGGUGCUUCCGUCAGAGGCAGUUCAAAAUUUAGUUUCCGAAGACAUGGAUGAGUUGUUAGGAAUUGCUGCUGCUGACAAAAGGGAUGAGUUGAAAGUGUUUUGUGGAGAAGUGGUUCGUUUUGGGAAUCGAUGUAAAGAUCCUCAGUGGCACAACUUGGAUCGUUAUUUUACAAAUCAUUCUAGAUUAGGGUCUGAACUCACAUCACAACAGCAAUGUAAACAGCAAGCUGCAGCAGUUAUGCAGCAGCUAAUGAUUUUGGUUCAAUAUACAGCUGAACUUUAUCAUGAGCUACAUGCUUUGGAUAGAUUUGGCCAAGAAUAUCGUCGGAAACUCCAUGAUGAAGAGAAUUCAGGCCUAAUUCAUGGAGUUGACAAUUGUCAGAUUGUCAGGCAAGAACUGAAAAGCCAAGAGAAACAUGUGAAAAGCUUAAAGAAGAAAUCAUUAUGGUCUACGAACUUGGAAGAGGUCAUGGAGAAGCUUCUUGAAAUUGCCCAUUUCUUACAUUUUGAGAUUGACGAAGUCUUUGGAAAUGCUGCUGUGUCAGGAUCCAAUGGCCAUCAGAGGCUGGGCCCAGCUGGCCUUGCGUUGCACUAUGCAAAUGUGAUCAAUCAGAUAGACACCAUUGUAUCCCGAUCCGGUUCUGUUCCACCAAGCACGAGAGAUGCAUUGUACCAAAACUUGCCACCAGCAAUAAAAUCUACACUACGCUGGAGACUGCAAGAAUUUCAACUCAAUGAAAAGCCGCCUGUUUCCCAAAUCAAGGCUGAAAUGGAGAAAACAUUGCAGUGGCUGGCCCCAAUGGCCAACAACACCACCAAAGCACACCACGGCUUCGGCUGGGUUGGAGAAUGGGCGUGCAUAGGAACGGAGGCGGGUCAUAAACCACUAGCUUACAGCAACUCAACAAGAAUAGAGACUCUCUAUCAUGCCAAGAAGGAGAAGACCGAAGCCUACAUAUUAGACUUAAUAGUUCUCCUCCAUCACUUUAUUAGCCUAUUGAGACCCGGAAGAUGCUUCUCCCUCGCUCGAUCUCCCGUUAAAUCUCUGAUCCGCUUUCCCUCGCAGAAGAUCUCGACAUCCGCUCCGUUGCUUUCAGUCAAACUUCAUCCCACCGCCACUUCCUCUUCAUUGCUCACAAUAGAAGACCAAGAGAUCCUGAGAGGGCUGAAGUUCCACGAGAUUUCACCGGGUAUUAGCAAAAGCCAAGAGUUUGAGAUCAGGCGGCCGAGGCUGAGCAAGUACCAUAGACUGAGCAAGAGCAGCAACCAUUCUCCGAUAGCCGAGAGCAAGCACGAAUUGAGGAAGAUGCCAUUGUUUCCCGUCAUUGAUUUUGACGUCGAUCUUAACAUGAGUUUGGAUGUGAUUGAUAGAGUGGAUGGACUAUCAUGAAAUUAUGAAAAGACAAGGGAAAUUUACAUGAGCUGCACACACUUUGUAUGUACUUACAUGUCUCACGCCUAAACUUUCAUAUUUACAGGCAUGCCACUUCGGUGAUUUUAGCUUGAAAAUGUGUAUUUAACUUUGAAAAAGUGAUAAUAGUGCCAUUUUUUGAGUGAUUUGUGUAAAUAUGAUGUAUAGGUGUGAGACAUGCAGAUGCAUAAGAAUUGUGUGCUAUGUAAAAUUUGAUUUGGACAAUUUUGUUGUUAUUGGAUCAAUUUUGAUAUGAGUGUAAUACACUUGUUAAUUGAUUAAUCGUUUAUUACGCUCUCAAAA